CUUGGACAGAGCGCAAACGACCCUCAUGAAUUAUAGUAACCAUGUCACUUUGAAGAAUAUGUCCUAACUCCUUAAUCACUCGAUACCUUAUCCCUUCAUUCAUCCAUCCAUCCAUGGACGCCCAUGCCCAUCUCAUCUCCCUUGGCUGGGCUGGACCCGGUCACGCUCUCGAUUCCAGACCAUAUAAACAAAAGGGUCACCGUGGGCUAGCCUAUGACCCUUCCCAGGCCACAGCCAACACUGGCAAUGGCCUCAUCAGACCCCUCCUUAUCUCCCAACGAAAAGGUAAUCUGGGCAUCGGCAAAAAGGCCCAUGAACCCCAGGCCGGCAAUGAUUGGUGGUUAAAGGGAUUCGAGAGUGCGUUAGGAAACAUUGGCAAGAGCGAGAGCGAGAGGAGCAGUGGGACAUCGACUCCCAUAGUCCAUUCGGUGGGAAAACACGGCGGAUUAUACAGUUUCUUUGUCAAGGGCCAGCACAUGGAAGGGACAAUUGGAAAGGCCACGGUCGACGAGAGCGGCGAUGACUCCAACUCCUCCCUGUCAACAAGAGAAGGCAAGAAGGAGAACCAGACGACAACUAGUCCCAGAAAACGAAAAGCUGAUGAUGGCAAUGGAGUCCAUAAUCCCAAGUCAGCUAAGUCAUCCAAGAAACAAAAAACCGCCCAAGACUUUGAACAGGUGUCGCAAUACAUCGCCCUGCGCGAUCAACACGAGAAACGCACCUCUCGCCCAGUAAGACCGAGUCCUGUUGAAGAGUUUCGCCAGGUCGGUGAGUACCUUGCCGCGAGGUCGGAGAAGAGCAAAAAGAAAAAGAAUAAGCACAAGGAGGGAGACUCAGAAGCGAAUACCCACGAUGAAGAGAAGAUGCCCGUUGAAAAAGUUGAGACCAAAGAGGAGAGGAGAGAACGAAGGAGGCAGCGAAGAGAAGACAAAGCCAAAAGACGCGCAGCACGACUUGUCAACGGCGAGGCGGAUAGUCGGCCUGAAACAGAACUCGAGGAAGAAAGUGCUUCUGCAAAAGCUACGAGACGCGCUGAGCGUAAGAAGCGGAAAGCCGACAAGGCAGCAAGAAAUGUGGAGGAUACAUGAAUCUUGCCUUGCCUGACCUGGGGAUCCAACAUUGAGCAUUGAGCGUAUAAAUAUAACGUCUAAUGAUUG